AUGUCAAAGUUUAAAUAUUCCAUCAUCAUCACCGGGGGCACAGCCGGUAUGGGUUUCGAAGCAGCCACCCAGAUGGCCAAAGACUGUCCAGACCACCUCAUCGUCAUCACCUCAAGGAGCAGCAACGACGACGCAGCCGGCGCCAUCAACAAAUCCCUCAACCAAUCCAACACUCAAUUCCUCCCCAUCGACCUCGCCAGUCCAAGCGACGUCCGCCGCUUCGCCCGGGACUGGAUCGCCGACGAGACCAAGCCGCCCAUCAAAGCCCUGGUCUUCAACGCGGCCCUGCAAUUCCCCUACAGCCUGACCCUGACCCCAGACGACCGCAUGGAAAAGACCUUUGCCAUCGCGCACGCCGGCCACGCCCUCCUCUUCCACCUGUUGUUUCCCAAGCUCGUCCCGCGGGGCGCCCGCGUGGUGCUCACGUCGAGCGGCGCCCACGACCCGGCGCAGAAGUCGGGCAUGCCGGACGCGGUCUACACCACCGCCGAGGAGGUCGCCUACCCGCCGCCGGAACGCGCCGCCCUCCCCGGCCGCGCGCACUACACCACCGCCAAACUCUGCAACCUGCUGUGGGCGUACGCGCUCGCACGGCACCUUGGUGAUGUCGUGCCGGAGAGGGGCGUGACGGUGACGACGAUGGAUCCUGGCCUGAUGCCCGGGACCGGGUUGGCGCGGGAGGCCAGCGGGCUUGAACGCUGGUUGUGGGUUAGCGUCCUGCCGAGGCUCAUCGGGUUGUUGAGGAUCGUGCUGUUUCCCAACGUGCACACCACUCAGGAGUCGGGUCGUAACCUGGCGAGGUUGGCUGUGGGGGCGGAUGUUGAGGGUGUCACCGGGAAGUAUUUUGAGGGUAGGAAGGAGAUCAUGUCGAGCAAGGACAGCUAUUCUGAGAAGUUUCAGGAGGAUCUUUGGGACUGGACGGUGAAUUUUGUGGCUAGGGGGGAUAAGUCCGAGGUUGAGAGGUUGAAUGCCUUUAGGUAG